CCUGCGAGCGAGAACUUCCUCAGAUUGACACAGAAUGGAGAGAAGCUGACGCACCGUUAUUUACCGGAACGUUAACUUUUCCGUCGCGACCCUUUCCUCAUGCCAUCACAGUCUACAUGCUCUGCAAGACCCGGGAAAAUACUUGAAAGAUAGCUUAUAACAGUUUGCCCACUGAAGAGCUCACAACUCCUUAUUGGCUUUUUCCUUCCCUCACUUUUAUUGUUAUUUUUAUUUUUUUUGGAAACUACUGCGUUAUUACGCACGAUGCGCAAAGGGAUGGCUCCUCCGCGGAGAUACAGGACGGGAGUACGAAAUGUUUUUUAUGUUUAUCUCUCCAUUUCAGUGGCUUAUUCUUACAAUAUAGACUUAGAACAUCCUUUGGUGUUCCGCGGACCAAAUUCUAGUUUUUUCGGCUAUUCUGUGCUGGAGCAUUAUCACGACAACACACGCUGGGUAAUAGUAGGGGCACCAAAGGCAAACUCUUCCUACAGUAGCUCUGUGCAUUCUCCCGGAGCUCUAUAUAAGUGUCGAGUUCACAGCAACCCUGAUCGCCGCUGCACAGAGAUGGAUCUGGGAAGAGGAAACAGGCAGAGAGAGUCGUGUGGGAAGACUUGCCAAGGAGACAGAGAUGAUGAGUGGAUGGGGGUCAGCCUGGCCCGCCAGGACAGCGCCAAUGGCAAAAUCCUGGCUUGUGCUCACCGCUGGAAAAACGUCUUCUACGAGUCAGAGUAUAUCCUUCCCCAUGGAUACUGCUCCAUCAUUCCCCCAACGCUCCAGCGUGGGACAAAACCACUCAUCCCUUGUUAUGAAGACUAUAAGCAGAAGUAUGGGGAAGAGCAUGGCUCAUGCCAAGCUGGGAUAGCGGGAGUUUUUACGGAGGAGCUGGUGGUAAUGGGGGCACCGGGGUCAUACUACUGGACUGGGACGGUCAAGGUGUACAACCUGACUUCUGAGUCCUUCUAUAGCCCGAACAAAGACAACAUUGACUCCCACAGAUACAGCUACCUCGGCUAUGCUGUGACUGCUGGACACUUCUCCUCUCCUAAUGUAAUAGACAUCGCUGCAGGGGCUCCUCAGCACAGCACCAACGGAAAAGUUUAUAUUUUUAAAAUUGAUGGUGCAUCUUUGGUGAAGAGUUUUCAAGCCUCAGGGAAAAUGAUGGGCUCUUACUUUGGCUCCUCAUUGUGUGCAGUUGAUCUGAACCAGGACGGCCUGUCGGACCUGCUGGUGGGGGCACCGAUGCACAGCCAGCUCAGGGAUGAGGGCCAGGUGUCUGUGUACCUCAGCAGAGGCAACGGGGUCAUGGAAGAGGAUGGCGUGUUGACUGGCGAUAGCGCUUUCAAUGCACACUUUGGAGAAUGCAUUGCCGCAAUCGGAGACAUAGAUGACGACGGCUAUCAAGAUGUAGCCAUAGGAGCGCCCAAAGAGGAUGAGUAUGGAGGAGCGGUUUAUAUCUACCAUGGGGACGCCACAGGAAUAACCAAAAAAUACUCAAUGAAACUGUCUGGGCGCAGCGUAAACCCUGGUCUGCAGAUGUUUGGCCAGUCCAUCUCUGGCAAUGUGGACAUGGACGGUAAUGGAUACGCAGAUGUUACUAUCGGAGCUUUCAUGGCGGAUAGCGUGGUGCUGCUGAGGUCGCGGCCUGUGAUUACAGUGGAUGUCUCCAUCUUCCUGCCUGUCUCUAUCAACAUAACUGUGCCACAGUGCCACGAGGGCCAGCAGAACAUGAACUGCUUCAACGUCACAGUCUGCAUGCGUUUCAGAGGAAGACAGCUACCUGGACAAAUAGAGUUGCUGUAUAACUUGACGGCUGAUGUGGAAAAGCGCCUGAAAGGCCAGCCUUCCAGGGUCUACUUUGCUCAGAGUGGAUCUCAGAUCAGCCAGAUGAGCCACCAGCUCAGCCUGGACAUCAACCGAGAGGAGUGCCAGCGCUACACCGCCUACGUUAAGAAGGACGUAAAGGACGUGUUCACAGCCAUCACAUUCGAGGUGGCUUACAGCCUGGGGACCCAUGUGUUGACAGGACCCCAGGAGCGAGACCUGCCCGCGCUCACUCCAGUGCUGCGAUGGAGGAAAGGGAACAAGAUUGCAGCGAGGAAUGAAACUUGGUUUGAGAAGAACUGCCUGUCAGACGACUGUGCCGCGGACCUGAGGCUUCAUGGGAAACUGUUGCUUUCUGGCUUGCAUAGCAAACCCCAUCUGGCCCUUGGAGGAGUGAAGAACAUCUCUCUGAACCUCACCAUCUCCAACGCUGGCGAUGAUGCCUAUGACACAAACAUCUACUUGAACUUCUCCAGGGAAGUUUUCUACAUCAACUUCUGGCAGAAGGAAGAGAAGGGUAUUUCCUGUGAGCUUGUCGAGUUGGACUUCCUUCAGUGCCGAGUGGGAUUUCCUUUCAUGAGAGCACAGACUAAGUAUCAUUUUGCAGUGAUUUUUGACACGACUCGGCUCUCUGGAGAAAAUGACACGUUGCAGUUCUUAGUUCAAGCAAAAAGCGCCAAUCCCGAGCACAAUCUCUCCGACAACUUUUUGGAUAUUUCCAUCCCUCUGAUUCACGAGACCGACACCACUAUCACUGGCGUGAUUACACCAACUUCCUUUGUGUAUGGAAACUCCAUUGAAGACUCACGCUUUGUGCAAUUAGAAGACAUGGACUGCAACUUUCAACCUCUCAAUCUCACUUUCCAGGCUAUAAACAAGGGCCCCAGCAGGUUGCCUGGCUCCAGAGUGGACAUCAGGAUUCCCAACCGGCUGACUGGCAACGGAGCUGAGAUGUUCCACAUCAUUGAAACACAGGUGGCCAACGGUCGAGGGAACUGCACUCCUCAUAGGAACCCAACACCAUGCACCAUCCCCCAAGACAAAGAGAGCAUCUUUCACUCCAUCUUUGCCUUCUUCACCAAAUCAGGACGGAAAGUCUUGGAUUGUGAUCGGCCUGGAAGAGCAUGUAUGACGAUCUCCUGCAGCCUGGGUCCACAGUUAAAAGAAGAAGCUUUGAGCAUAGAUAUAAAAGUUUUACUCAACACUGAAAUCCUAAAGACGGAUUCUUCCUCUGUGAUCCAGUUCGUCACACGGGGCAACGUGCAAGUAAAUGACAGGACAGUGGAGGUGCCAAAUGGCCUGCCAGAGGACAUUUCUCUGGUGUUUGAGGCUCUCCACAGUCAGGAGCCAAGGGGUUACGUAGUCGGCUGGAUCAUCGCCAUCAGUUUGCUGGUGGGAAUCCUCAUCUUUUUGCUGUUAGCAGUGCUGCUCUGGAAGAUGGGAUUCUUCCGUCGACGCUACAGAGAGAUCAUUGAGGCUGAAAAGAACAGAAAGGACAGUGAUGAAAGCUGGGACUGGAUGGAUAAGGACCACUGAGACUUACAACGGGAGUCCCAGAGGAGCCAGUGAGAUUAGGGAUUCGGUUGCGAAAGAUCCAAUAGCACAGGGUCUCUCAGCCCAGCCGCCCCCUGUGGCAUUGGGCCCUUCAGUCUUCCAUAUGUGGAAGAGAAGAAUAUUCUCCAUAUUUUUUGGAGACUUAAUAUUUUUGGGGGGAGGAGGGAGGGAGUCCAGGAAACAGGCUUCUGAGGUGACAAGGUGGCUUGCCAGCGGACACUUGCUGUGGAAUUCAGCUAAUCUCAAAGGAGGUAUCACCCAGCCAGCAGAGCAGAGCUGUUGAUGGAGGCUCACAUCCGUACAGGGAUGUGGAGACGGCAUGAAUACUGGUGGACAAGAAAACCCUCAGGGCUGUGUUACAUAGCAAAUUUAUUUUUAUACAUCUACUUUAAGCCAUAUUGUGUAAAAGUGAGCUUUGAAAAGAGUUGGGGUUUUGAAUGCCAUUAUAAACAUACUAUAUCUACGGUAUGUUUUCUUAAAAGCACUGAUGUUUGAUAAGAAUGAAUGCCUUGGCCCCUUAGCUUUACUUUUUGUGCCAAAGAUAUGUCCAGUAGAGUAUAUGAUUGGAAUCAUUUGUAUAUUCAGUUCAUCCCAGAUGCUGGGAGUGAAAGAUUGUAUCUUUUCUGUACUAUUGCUGGCUGAUGAAAAUCUGUUUUACACAUCUGAUUGCCCAUCCCCUCACAUUUCUAAUCAGCCAGAGCUAAUUCUAUGCUACAGUACCCGCACACUGUCCCCAUGCAAUGCACUAGUGUUUGUAUUUGUGACACACUGUGAGGGCUCUCUCUGUCUUCAUGAUGGCCGCUUUUUUCAUGUUUCCAUUGUUAACCAUGCCUAAAAUGCAAAAGAUGGAUAAAAGAUCAUUCCUUUUGUUCUGGUCUGGCUUUCAGCUGAUUCGCUGGUAGAUGAUAAUAUACAAAAGCUAUUAUUUCAUAGAUUAAACUUAAAUCUUUAUUCUUUAAAAUGUUUCAAAAUACCAUGAGUUUUGAAAGUGGAAUGUAUAGUCAAGCAAAUCUAACGUAAAGCUGCUUUUGGUAGGAGCAAAAACUGCUCAGGUAUGCAAGGAGACUUUUAUAAUGGACAGCCAAACCUCCCAGGCUCAAGUGAACAUAUUUUAGCUGAAUGUCUUGUAAAUUCUCACUGAAAUACAGCAGAAAAGGAUUUACUAUUGUUCUUGAAAUACCUGAUCGCGAUUUAUUUCCAAAAUCUUCUCAGACUUUACCGGAGCAUACCAUUUUUAAGUUUACUGUUAUGUUAUCAGGCAUUGGAUUAUAGUGUGAAAUAUGAGAUACUGUUGCUCUCCGCAGCCAGAUAAAAGACUGCAAUAUGUGUCUACCUACAGUCGUUUAUAAGGGCUCACGGUAUGAGUAAUGCCCUAAAAAUAGGUGAGAAUAUGCUGCACUCAAUCACUACACAUACAGUAUACAAGCUCUUUGGGGCUCCUGGGAAAAGUUACUUUUAAGCCAGGGUUGAGGGAUGUCAGUGCCCUGAAAAAUCCGCCACCAUAGGAACCCACAGCUCCUCUCUGCUAAACCUUUUUCCCCCCUACAGGCUUGUCGGUUCUUUUAAAUGCUAGAUUUAAUUGUGAUUGAAAUAAGACAUUAGCAAAUUCUGUAUUAAAGCUCCCCACAAAUAUAUAAACAGCGAGAAAAUAAAAAUGUGGUAGUAUGGGAGUCGCUGGUGCCUUGGUGCCCCUGCUUCUGGCACCUGUUGCUCAGUACUCAUAGGUCAUACCCUACCCAUUUUUGAACUUUGUUUUGAUGUUAACUGCAAAGUUUUGUGUGUAUGUACUUUGCACAUUUGCAACCCUAUCUAGUUGAACAAACAGAUAAAUUCAUGUAAUCUUAAAAAAAACCCAAAACUUUAAUUAUGCUCCAAAAAAGAUUCAAUUUAAGAGUCAAAAGCUUUAACAAUCAGCAUUGGGUGAUAAGAUUUACAUUAAAAUAGAUAUGCAGCAUAUGAGUAUAAAGUACCUUUGGGUCAUUUCUUUAGUAGACCAGUCAGAUUUAAAUGUGCAAUGCCAAAGAACUAAAACUUUAUCGUCACUUUAUUGAUCACUAUGAUUGCUUCGCUCUAAAAUGUGCUGUAUAGAUCUUCUGACACCAUUUACUUCCACUGGUAAUACAGCGUAUACUGUACACAUCCACGCCUUCCCUCUGCAUCUGUUAAACCGUUGCUAUGUAUUAAUGCAGAGAAACCAACACUUGACUUUUUUUUUUUGGUAAAGUUUAACUGUGAUGAUUAUACUUUGUUUUUAUGUUUGUCACCUUUAAUCGCAUCGUUAUUUGGGGUUUUGUUCUGAGUAUACUACUGUCACUGAAUAUCAUUUCCAUUAUAGUGUGCUGUACGUUUGAUGUUUAAAAUCAUGUUCAAGCUGUAUAUUUAUCUGUUGAUAAAUUUUAGAAUGAAGUCUCUUGUUA